AUGCGCGUCUUCUUCGUCUUCUUCGUCUCUGCCCUUCUUCUCGGCUGCGCCACCGGCGAGCCGCCCGCCAAGAGGUUGGCGGAAGGGGUCACGGGCCUGUCGCGCCCGCCGUCUCCCGCAGCUCGCCGCCAGCUGGUCGAGACGAGCGACGUCGACCACGAGUCUCCGCCAUCGCCACCAGAGUCGUCUGGUGCGCCGUUUUGCGGCACCGGAGAUGGCAGUCUCAAGCCGGAGGCUAUCAUCCUGCAGGACUCCAUGGUGGGAUCAAUCGAGUACCUGGGUGAUGGAGGGAAAGAGAUGACAAUACUCAACGGGCGAAAGUCGAAGCCUACUCUCGAGAAAGACGGCUUCGAGCUGCUGCAGCUCGAGGCGCCGCUUCUUUGGCGAAGCGAGAUCAUGGAUGGUCAUGAUCCUGUCGAGCUCGAGGAUCAUGAAUACGAGCGCGUGGCUGAGGUAGUAAAAAGACACACCUUUGCGUUUCGGCAGCAGGGGGCCGCCUUCAGGAAUGCAAAGGCCAAGCGCGUAAUAGGUUGGAACGUGUGGACCUCGUUGGACCCGGCACACGCCGUGCAGCGCGAUCCCCUUGCUCUUUUGUCGGCGGCAUCUCUAGACCCGCAAGCAAAGUUCUUCCCCUUACUGAAGGCGUAUCCCAGGCACGAAUGGCACUAUUUCCCCAACAUGACGAAUCGCGAAGCAAUCCUCUUCAAACAGUGGGACAGCGACUCCACAGUGAAACUUGAGAUUGGAGACGCCUCAUCACACGGGGGCUGGGAGCCGUCGCCAGAUAUCACAUCCAACUACGUGUAUCACCAGGCAGUCGACAUUGGGAACCAGGAUGCGCCUCCUCGGCGCAGCGCAGAUUUCCGAUGUCUUGCUCUUUACUACUGA